AUGGCGACUUCAGUAUUAACCGAAACAAUCAAAGCUCAAGAGCUACGAGGAGCAAAGGAUCUUAGACAAGUCACCAGAACAGUUAAAGCACCGUUGGAAUAUGAAGUACAGAUUGCUAUGAGGGCUACAACUCUUUGUGGCUCUGACCUUCACUACUUCACUCAUUAUCGGAACGGUGACUUCUGUAUCCGAGAGCCUUUGAGCCCUGGGCACGAAUCUGCGGGUCUCAUUGUCGCUGUCGGGUCAAAAGCUGAGCAAGAGUAUGGUGUCAAGGUUGGUGAUAAAGUCGCCGUCGAAGUAGGCGUGCCUUGUGACGAUUGUGAGCAAUGCUCGGAUGGAAGCUACAACGUGUGUGAGAAGCUACAGUUUAGGAGCAGUGCUACUUGUUUCCCUCACUACCAGGGCACUCUGCAGCAGCGCUUCAAUCACCCAGCCAAAUGGGUACACAAAUUACCUGAAGGUAUAUCUUAUGCUGAAGGUGCUCUCCUCGAACCCCUUGCUGUUGCGAUACACGCUGUUCGAAAAGCGAAUGCACAGCAGGGCGCAAGCUGUCUCAUCAUCGGAGCUGGUGCAGUGGGGCUUCUGUGCGCUGCCGUCGCAAAGAGCUCCAGAUACAGCAACAUUGUGAUGGCGGACAUUGUACAGAACAGACUUGAUUUCGCGCUUAGCAAUGCAUUUGCAGACAAGGUUGUCAAGCUACCGAGUAGACGGGCGAAGGACAUCGAGCAAGGCCUGGUCUUCGCCAAGGAAGACGCUAUAAACUUGCAAAAGGAAAAUGAUGACAAGACCUUUUCAAGAGUAUUUGAGUGUACCGGUGUCGAAUCGUGUGUACGGACGUCUAUCUAUGCAACACGUAAUGGAGGCAAGAUACUUCUCGUUGGUAUGGGCACACCAAUUCAAACCCUACCAAUUUCCGCCGCAGCUCUGCGAGAAGUUGAUUUAGUGGGAGUUUGGCGAUAUGCUAAUUGCUAUCCCUAUGGUAUCGAAUUGAUGCAGCAAGCCGGCAAAGGAGGUGUCCCUGAUAUUAGGAAACUUAUCACGCAUCGCUUCCAAGGGUUGGAGCAGAGCCUAAAAGCUUUUGACAUGGCUGCAAAGACACGUGAUGAUGAUGGAAAUUUGGUUAUCAAGGUAGUCGUGGAGAACGAGUAA